GGGAGCUUUCCCUCAUCAGUUACACCUUUGCAUGGUUAGGGUUUCCCAUUCCCGCAAGGCUAGAUGAUCAAUUGCACUUCCCCUGAAAGGCUUUCCGGCCAUGUUCAAAGUUAGCGGCGAUUCGGACAAAAUCGACGAGGCCCCGUUCAUCUGCCGGGAAAUCCAGAAAGCUCAUUCACCGGGCAUUUUCUAUGCAGUUAACCCUUUAAAUUACUCUUUCACGCUUCUGUUAAUCGAGCUUUCCAUCAUCGUCCUCGUCACCUGCACCCUUCGCUUCCUUCUCAGACCUCUCAGACAACCCAGAAUCGUCUCCGAGAUCCUCGGUGGUAUAAUCAUCGGACCGUCGGUCCUCGGCCGGAACGAGGCGUUCGCCAAGUAUGUCUUCCCGGAUAACGCCACGCAUGUCUUCAAGAACAUCGGCUUGAUCGGCUUCCUGUACUUCCUCUUCUUGGCCGGCGUGAAAAUGGACCUCUCAAUCCUAAAGAAAACGGGGAAGAAACAAUGGUACACAGUGGGAUUCGGCAUAGCGGUUCCUUUGUUCGUCGUCCUAUCCAUCGCCAUUGAUAUAUGGAAGUCCUUAGACAAAGCCUUGAAAAGAGUCCACGUGAUCGGCGGCCUGGCUUCCGCUUUCGCCAUAACCUCGUUCCCAGUUCUGUACCAGGUUAUUAAAGAGCUCAACCUUCUAGGCUCCGACGUCGGCCAACUGGCCUUGUCAACGGUAAUGGCAAGCGACUUAAUCGGAAUCACUUUCCUGAUAGCGUUUGAGGCCGCCAGAGGGUCGGAAGCCGAAGCCCACCACGGCCUGUGGGUGGUGCUCUCUAUGGUCGGAAUCCUCGGCCUCAUCGGCGGCCUCCGGGCGGCGAUGAACUGGAUUGUUCGAACCACGCCGGAAGGGAAGCCGGUGGAGCAAGCCUACGUGGUCUCCAUAUUGGUGAGCGUGAUGGUGGUCGCGUUCAUAAGCGAUAUCACAGGCGUAUCGCUGGUUAAUGGGCCGUUGUGGCUGGGGCUGGCGGUGCCGGACGGGCCGCCGCUCGGAGCUACACUGGUGGAGAGGACGGAGACAUUCAUAACGGAGCUCCUGAUGCCAUUUUCGUAUGCGUUUGUGGGAAUGUAUACAGAUGUUUUCACGUUGCCGGGGCACUGGUCGAGCUUGCUGCCGAUACUGGCCAUGGCUGUGGCAGCUUAUUUAGCUAAAGUUGUUACAACCACGCUGGUUUCUCGGUACUUUGAAAUCCCGAUCAGGGAUGGAAUCACUCUUGGCCUUAUAAUGAGCUUAAGAGGCCAAGUAGAGCUCCUCGUUUUCAUGCACUGGAUGGAUCUAAAGAUCAUAGAGGUGCCAUCUUUUACAGUGCUGGUGCUGUUGGCGGUAAUGAUGACCGGAAUCGCCACCCCUCUGAUCAGCAUCCUGAACGAUCCAACCCGGCCAUAUAUGAUUAACAAGCGAAGAGCGAUACAAUACACCCCACCAAACGCCGAGCUCCACAUAGUCGCCUGCGUCCACGACCAAGAAAGCGUUGCCGGAUUCAUCAAUCUUCUCGAUGUUUCCAACCCGACGGUCAACAGCCCCUUCACCCUCUACGCCCUCCAUCUCAUCGAGCUCGCCGGCCGCGCCACCCCGGUCUUCAUCGACCUCCAGAGCCCGGCCCAUUCCUCCGAGCAAGCCAGCUUCAACCCAAUCCACCAUGCGUUAACUUUUUUCCAAGCUUCCAGAGGCGAGCACGUUCAGUUCCAGCUGUUCAGAGCUAUCACGCCGGCUCGGGCCAUGUUUCACGACAUCUGCCGGCUGGCGCUGAAAAAGAAAGCCGUCCUCAUAAUCCUGCCGUUCAAGAAGGAAGACUGGGACGGCCGAACUGAAGUAAUGGAUUACGGCGGUCUGCAGGCCGUGAACUCCAACGUUUUAGCCCACGCGCCGUGCUCUGUCGGGAUUCUCGUCGACAAGGGCGCUUUCCAGAGCCGCCACGUCAACUUCCCCACGCCGCGGACGGCGGCGGCGCAGCACCAUUUCGCGGUGCUUUUCUUGGGCGGGUCGGACUGCCGGGAGGCGCUGGCCUACGCGGAUCGAAUGGCGGGGAACCCGGAUGUUUGGCUCACAGCGAUCCGCUUCCUUUCUCAAAACGGCGAAGGCGACGACGAGAUGGAGAAGAAGCUGGACGAUGGGCUGGUGACGUGGUUCUGGAUGAAGAACGAGGCGAACGAGCAGGUGAUUUACAAAGAGGUGGUGGUGAGGAACGGGGCGGAUACUGUGGGUGCAAUUCGGGCCAUGAACAAUAACCGUUACUUCGAUCUUUGGAUUGUGGGGAGGAAGAAUGGGAUUAACCCGGUGUUGUUAAGCGGGUUGUCGGAUUGGAGCCAGAACCAUGAGCUUGGAGUGAUCGGAGAUUACAUUGCGGCCGUAGAUCAAAGCAGUAAUGCGUCUGUGUUAGUGGUUCAGCAGCAGGUUUUACGGUAAGUGGGUGGUUCAGCUGGUUUUCUAGCAAUGUUUCGGUGUACGUAAUAGUGCUAGGAAUUGAUAAAUAAUAUA